AUGGUGGUCACCAACUACCUACGCCGCCGUCUGGCCCCCUUGCGGGAGCAUGCCCGCGCUGCCUGGAUGUACACCGGCUCGGGCGACCUGACGAGGACCCACAUCGGCCCGGACGGGGACCUCGACGAGGGGGCACUGGCGACCCUGCUGAAGGUGGUGAUCGGCGUCGACGACCUCGCCCAGGCGGUCAUGCCCCGAGAGGAGCUAGCGCUCUGCGUGGAUCUGGGCCAGGCGGCACUGCAAGCGUCCAUGUCGGAGUUCGACGCUCAAGGGAUGGUGGAUCGUCCAGGGUGCCAGAACCCCGGGACUAUACAGAUCCCCGGGGUAGAUGACAACGGAGGGCGGGGCGCCGCUGCCGAAGGCAGCAGGCCGGCGGCCCGAGGAGACAAGGGGAAGCAUCCCUGGGCAUACGUCCGUCAGCUGUCUUCAUCGUCGUCGCCGUCACCUCCGCGACAACGGCCGGCGGUGGGUGGCGCGACGGAGGGUGACCGAGGCGGCCAAUCUUCGGGAGCAGAGUCCGGGACGGAGGCCAGAUCUAGGGCGUGGGAGCCUGAGGGCCAGGGCCCGGCUGGCGGCGCAACGGCUGGCAGCUGUACCGACCAGCCAUCGGAGAAAAACUCCGGGGCGACCGCUGGGGCCAGCCCACAACGGCCCGAGGGCCAGAGCCCUCCCCCGAAGAGGAGGAAGGCGGAGCCCGGACCAAAGCCGCAAAUCCCCGACUUCCGGAUUCCGAAGUCUCGGUGGCGGUACCGUGGGCCGAAAACCACGCCGCCCAAGGACCCCGCAGGAGGCCAAAGGCAACCAGAGGAGCCAAGGCCAGUCCCUGUUCCAGGGCCGAGUGCGCCAGUUCCGAGGGCGCCGGCCAGCCCUGAGCUGAGGGCCCCGGCGGGUCUCGAGCAGCAAACGCCGACUGAACCUGCCCCGAGCCCUCCGAGGAAGGAGGGAUCUAGCCCCCAGCCAUCUUCUGGCCAGGCCCCGGAACCCCUCCCGGAGGUGCUAGGAAGCGCCUGGGUGGUCAUAGGGUGGCUUGAACUGGCCGUGGCGGUAGAGAAGGCAGAGCACGUUGCCCUGGUUGAUGAGAGGGGCCGGCUGGAGGAGGCUCGAAAACUUUUGGAGACCCGCGUCGCCUCGGCUCACGCGUCUUACGAGAAGUCCAUGCGCGAGGUGGUCGAGGAGCGGGAGACGCUGGAGGAGACAUGUGACGAGGCUGUUGCUGCGUAG